AUGGGCGAUCCCCGGGUCCGCACGUCCGCCGUGGCCGCCGGCGAGCUGCGGCCGCCGGAGCUGCCUCUGGACCCGCUCGAGUUCCUCUCCCGCUCCUGGAGCGCCUCCGCCGGGCGCGCGUUCGCGCCCCACCCGCCGCCGACGCCGCCGGCGGCGCCGCGCUCCUCGCGGCCAGCCCCAUCGCGGAGGACGCCGCGAGAUUUGCCUCUUGGGUUCUUGCAGGAAGUGGCGCCGCUCACCUCCGGCCGGCUCUCGCACAGCAGCGGCCCCCUCAACGGCGGCGGCUCCCUCUCCGACAGCCCGCCGGUCUCGCCGGAGAUCGAUGACGCAAAGUACUGCAGGGCGGUCAGCACGCCGAAGCCGCAGGCUUUCCGGGCCGGCAACAAGACGGUCGGCCGGUGGCUCAAGGACCGGAAGGAGAAGAAGAAAGAGGAGACGCGGGCGCACAACGCACAGGUCCACGCAGCAGUGUCCGUAGCGGCUGUGGCAGCUGCCGUGGCUGCAGUGGCCGCCGCGACCGCUGCGGCCUCAGGGUCCGGCAAAGACGACCGCGCGGCGCGCACAGACAUGGCCGUGGCCUCUGCCGCGACGCUCGUGGCCGCGCAGUGUGUCGAGGCGGCGGAGUCCAUGGGCGCUGAGCGGGAGCACCUGGAGGCCGUUGUUGGGUCUGCCGUGAACGUCAGGACGCCCGGUGAUAUCGUCACUGUCACGGCUGCUGCCGCUACCGCGUUGAGAGGCGCGGCCACGUUGAAGGCGAGGGCUCUGAAGGAGGUGUGGAACAUCGCGGCAGUGAUCCCGGUAGAGAAGGGUGCGGUUGGGGGAGGGCACCACCAGAAGCACGGCGUGCCCAAGCAGCAGCAGCAGCACCGCAAGCUGGAGAGCAACGGCAGCAGCAUCAGCGACGUGUCGCUGGAGGAGGAGAACAACUUCCUCGGCAUCUGCAGUCAGGAGCUGCUUGCUCGCGGCACUGAGCUCCUCAAACGCACCCGGAAAGGCGCUCUGCACUGGAAGGUCGUAUCGGUUUACAUCAACCGGAUGGGCCUGGUGAUGGUGAAGAUGAAGAGCCGGCAUGUGGCAGGGACGAUCACGAAGAAGAAGAAAAGUGUGGUGAUCGACGUGUGCAGGGACGUGGUGGCGUGGCCCGGGCGGCACCUGCUGGAGGACGGCGAGCACCGGCGGUACUUCGGCCUGCGGACGGCCGAGCACCGGGUGAUCGAGUUCGAGUGCACCAGCCAGCGGGAGUACGAGAUGUGGACCAAGGGCGUGGCGCGGCUGCUGAGCAUCGCCGCCGAGCGGAAGCGCCUGGCGUGA